GUAGAAGCCAACAAACAAAAGUACAAAACAGGUAGAAGAAGAAGAAGAGAUAGUCAAAAUCAAAAAUUAAGCGAGAUUUUGAUUCACACUGAUUCUGAAGAAUCCGAUUCCUCUCUGAGCUUUCAUGGCCGAUCAUUUUCACCUCUUUUCCAGUACGUUUGAUUCGAUCCAGUGGAUUAUACUCUGAUAAAAGAUCCGAAAAGGAUUGAUUUCUCACCUGGUAAUGCUUUUCAAUUUCGACUCACUCGGAUUCAUAUGUUUUUUCUAUGACCUACUAGUACAGGUUGGAUUGGUGUAGUGUGAAUUGUUCAAAGCAAUAGGAGUUUUAUUUGUAAUGCAAUCAGCUGAUGAGAACAAUAAGAAGAAGAAAUUGAAGUUAAGUUGCGAAAUGCCGGCCACGGACGCUAAUUUUUCACAGAAACUGGAUGACUGUAUUGUGUUUCCUAUUGAGGAGAUUGUGCAGCAGCCUCUGCCUGGAUGUGUUGCUCCUGCAUCGAUUAGUUUUAGCGGUGAUGAUAGCAUUGUGACGUAUCUGUUUAGUCCUGAUCAGAGUUUGAAUAGGAAGGUGUUUAAAUUUGACCUCAAGAGUUGUGUGGAAGAGCUGUGUUUCAGUCCUCCGGAUGGGGGGCUUGAUGAGAGCAAUAUAUCGGCGGAGGAGAAGUUGAGGAGGGAGAGGUUGAGGGAGCGCGGGUUGGGAGUGACAAGGUAUGAGUGGGUGAAGACAAGCUCGGUUAGGAAAGCAAUCAUGGUGCCAUUGCCAGCUGGGAUUUAUUUCCAGGAUCUUUCCUGUUCAGAACCGGAGCUCAAGAUUCCAAGCACACCGUCUUCACCAAUUAUUGAUCCCCAUCUGUCCCCAGAUGGUACAAUGCUUGGUUAUGUAAAAGACAGCGAGUUGCAUGUUCUAAAUUUGUUGUACAAUGAAUCAAAACAGCUUACAUCUGGUGCGAGAGGAGGUGUUUUGACUCAUGGCCUUGCUGAAUAUAUAGCGCAGGAAGAAAUGGACCGCAAGAAUGGAUACUGGUGGUCUCUAGACAGCAAAUUCAUUGCAUUCACAGAAGUUGAUUCCUCUGAGAUUCCUCUCUUCAGAAUCAUGCAUCAAGGUAAAAGUUCUGUUGGUUUGGAAGCUCAAGAAGAUCACCCUUAUCCCUUUGUGGGAGCUUCAAAUGUCAAAGUUCGCCUCGGAGUAGUUUCCUCUGCUGGAGGUCCUGUUACUUGGAUGGAGCUUCUCUGUGGGGGUACAGAUCAACCAGACAAUGAGGAGGAAUAUCUGGCAAGAGUAAAUUGGAUGCAUGGAAAUGUUCUAAUAGCUCAGGUUUUGAACAGGUCGCACAGCAGACUAAAGAUCCUUAAGUUUGACAUUAAAAAUGGGAAGAGAAAGGUUCUAUUGGUAGAAGAGCAACGCAAAUGGAUCAACUUACAUGACUGUUUUACGCCUCUAGACAAAGGACUAACCAAAUUUUCUGGGGGAUUUAUCUGGGCAAGUGAGAAAUCAGGAUUCAAACAUCUUUACCUGCAUGAUGCCAAUGGGACAUGCUUAGGUCCUAUAACAGAAGGAGAAUGGAUGGUCGAGCAAAUUGCUGGUGUAAAUGAAGCUGCUGGUCUUGUUUAUUUCACUGGAACUUUGGAUGGGCCUUUAGAAUCACACCUUUAUUGUACUAAACUAUUCACAGAUGGAAGCCAAACCUUGGAAGCUCCAGUGAAGUUGACUCUCAACAAGGGGAGGCAUGUUGUCGUGCUUGAUCAUCAUAUGAGGAAUUUUGUAGAUAUCCAUGACUCCCUAGAUUUUCCUCCCAAGGUUUUACUCUGCUCCUUGCACAAUGGCAGCAUCAUUAUGCCUUUAUAUGAGCAGCCAUUCACAAUUCCAAGAUUCAAAAGGCUUCAACUUGAGCCACCAGAGUUGGUUCAUUUACAGGCUAAUGAUGGGUCAACGUUGUAUGGGGCUAUAUACAAGCCUGAUGCAGCAAAAUUUGGACCUCCACCUUAUAAAACGAUGAUCUACGUGUAUGGUGGACCAUGCGUCCAGCUUAUUUCUGAUUCUUGGAUAAGUACAGUUGACAUGAGAGCACAGUUUCUAAGAAGCAAAGGCAUCUUAGUAUGGAAGUUGGAUAACAGAGGAACUGCUCGACGUGGACUGAAGUUUGAAGGCUCUUUAAAACACAAUGCUGGUCGUGUUGAUGCUGACGAUCAACUGACUGGGGCCCAGUGGCUUAUAGACAAAGGGCUAGCAGAAGCAGGUCACAUUGGAUUGUAUGGUUGGAGCUAUGGUGGGUAUCUUUCAGCGAUGACUUUGGCCAGGUAUCCUGAUGUGUUCCGAUGUGCAGUGUCCGGUGCCCCCGUUACAGCGUGGGAUGGGUAUGACACAUUCUAUACUGAGAAAUAUAUGGGACUUCCUUCUGAGAAUGAAGAGAGUUACAAGUAUAGCUCAUUGAUGCACCAUGUGCACAAGAUGAAAGGAAAAUUGUUACUCGUGCACGGAAUGAUUGAUGAAAAUGUGCAUUUUAGACACACUGCCAGGCUUGUCAAUGCACUUAUUGCAGCUAGGAAGACUUACGAACUGUUAAUUUUCCCGGAUGAACGGCACAUGCCACGGCAGCUUAGUGAUCGGGUUUAUAUGGAAGAAAGAAUUUGGGAAUUCAUAGAAAGAAACCUGUGAAAACUGAAAACCAUGUGCUUAUACCUUUGUUGUUGUAAUCUUCUCUUCUUUUUGGGGCCUUGGCGGACACCAGUGGCUUGAGAAAUUUGUUCAUCUCUUUCAGUUCUCUCGUUUUUCUGUUCGAAUUAAAAUCUUACUUCUGUUGUUCAAAUUUAAGUUACUGUACAAAGAUAAUAAGAGCUCAGGGUUUAUUCUUCCUCGUAGAA